AAGAUCGACCCCUCUCUUCGUCCGCAGCGUUGCCCGGAGGGAAAACCAUGGCUCAAGCGGCAGCAUUGGCGGCCGCGCCCUUAAGGAACUCUCUUCACCCCUGGCUCUCUUCCUUACUCUUCACCCAAAAACCCUACCCUCUCUCCUUCUUCUCCUCCUCCUCCUCCUCCUCCUCCCCCGGCUCCGGCGGCCUGAGGCCCCUCGGCCCUUUGGUGCCCGGGGACGAUGACACCGAUUCUGACGCCCCCCCGGCCGACAAGAAGAGCCGGAACGAGCUCAAGAGGGAGGCCCGCCGCGCCGUCAGGUGGGGAAUGGAGCUCUCCACCUUCUCUCCCCCUCAGAUCAAACGCGUCCUCAGGGUUGCUUCCCUCGACCGCGAGGUCUUCGACGCUGUUAUGCUUGUAAAGAGAUUGGGCCCAGACGUCCGAGAAGGGAAAAGGAGACAGUUUAACUACAUUGGAAGACUGUUGCGGAAAGCACAACCUGAUUUGAUGGAUGCUCUAAUUCAGGCUUCUAAAGAUGGUGACAAUAGUAGGCUGCUUGCUUUAUCUGGUCAAGAAACAUGGUCUAUUGAAGAUGAUGAAGAGGAAGAAGAAACCACAUAUGAGGAGGAGAGUGAGAACCAUAUAGAAAUUGCAGCUAGAUGGUUUGAUGGCCUUGUUUACAAAGAUCCAUCAAUUACAAAUGAAGUCUACUCAGUUGAAAAUGUUGAAUUUGAUCGUCAGGAACUGCGGAAGCUUGUUCGUAGGGUACAAUCAAUCGAAGGCUUGCAGGUCGACGAAAAUGUGGCAGAAUAUGAUGCUAUGUUGACUGAAGCAAAGAAGCCUCUCAUUCACUUCUUGCGCUCUCUAGCAAAGAGAUCAUUGGUUGAAGAAAAUGGAAAUCUGUUUUAAAUUUCUCAAAAGUGGAUUCUGAUGAAGACAAGGCAGCCGUGGCUCCUUUCAUCUGCAUUAUAGAUGUGAAAUUUCACCGACCACUCAGAGCCGGACCUUUAUCUAGUUUCCAGUCAGAAAUGUUGAGUUCUGAAGCUAUGGCUGAUUAUGACCACCUGGGGCAUACCUGUGGUUGGCUUGGAAUCAAUUCCCACCUUGAAGAGGGCUUUCUAUAAAAUUUCCAAGGACGGAAAGUAUGUGAUUCCUGAUGACCUCACAAUAGGAACGCUACGCCUCGUGUCAUGUUUUGAAGAAUGACUGGGAUACACCUUGUUUUGAUGAUAAAUCAUUCAUUUCCAUGAUUUUCGUGUGAAACAAAAUAGCUUGGCCUUUUCACAUUGGCAAGCCUUUAAAUCCAUUGUUUGCCGAAGGAUCCGAUCAUGGGUGGUCUUUGGAACUGGGGUCAAAUUCAAAAUUCUUGCUUUUGGCCUAACCAUAUUCUUCACAGUGCGCAUUGUUAAAUUACUUAAAUCUAGUCAAUGGCUUGAGCCAGUCUUAGUUCCGAAUC